AUGAAAUAUGCAAUAGUAUCUCACAAUGAUAGCUUGAAUGGAGAUACAGAUCUUCACAUCGCUGCCCAGGGGAAAUCCCUAAAAAUUUUCGAGUUUCUUGUUUCACAUUGCGCAGAGAUCAACUCACAAAAUAAUAAUGGGUGUACGGUACUUAUUUAUGCAAUUUGUAAUAAUAAUAUAGAAAUGGUAAAAUGUCUUGUAUCUCAUAAUGCGGAUGUCAACGUAAAAGACAAACAUGGAAAUUUCCCUCUAAUUUUGGCUAUUGGGUUAAGAAACAUAAGAAUUAUUGAAAUUCUCAUUUCAAAAGGUGCCGAUAUUAAUGCAAGAAAUAAUCUCGGACGCAUGGCUCUUAUUAAUGCUGUUGAUAACAGCCAAAUGGAAAUUGUACAAUUCUUUAUAUCACAUAAUGCUUAUGUGAAUGCAAUGAAUGAAAAAGGAAAUUCACCUCUUAUGUAUGCAGUAAGAAAUAGAAGCGAAGAUAUCGCCAAAUAUCUCAUAAUACAUGGGGCAAAUGUGCGGCUUAGAUCAGUUGAUGGAAAUUCUCCACUACGUAUUGCAGUGGAAAAUGAUUUAGAAAAAACAACGAAACUUCUUCUUAUGCAGGGCGCUAGUAUAUAUGCUAAGGAUAAUAAAAGUGAACAGUAUUGGAAUUCGCAAAGGAUAAAAGAUUAUUUAGAUAUUCUGACUCUCAAAGGCUUGUAA